AUGGAAAAGCACCGCUUCGCGCUUGUAUGCAUGCUCCUGCAUUCGGACACAACGACUCGCCACCACCGUUUUACUUCGUUGUCUGCAGCGGGAAGCGUUGGGAGCCGGUGGUGGAGAACCGGUGGAGCUGAGCUGUCACCUAGAGCGCCAAACAAUCUGACCGGGGCACUCUGGGGACGAUUUCCUUUACCAGCUUGUUGUGAGAGGGAUAGGACAAUCUUGGCCACGGCUAGGAGACAUUGCGUGACCAUUCAGAAUUUGCAGCGUGCUUUUUGGCUGAGGGUGAAACGUAUUGUGAAGUUUGUAUGCAUGUGGCGUCGUAGAGAUUGUGUCCUCGAUUGCCAAAUGGCGCGUGUUUUACUUCUGCGCAACAUCAAUGGGAGAAACAAGUCUCUCUGGCAGGUCUUGGCCGUGCCGAUGACGUUGGAGUUCUUAUGGCCGAGCUAUCUAUGUAUACAAGACUGUCAUGCUUGGGUGCAUGCAGUCGACGAACCGAAUCCGUGGUCCUUGCCUUAUGGACCCUGGAUGAAAGGAAAGAGACAUCACCAUUACCACGUAAUCUCCAUGCCAACCAUAUUACUCCAGCUUUUGAUACAGGGGCCGACCAUGCAAGAAGAUACCCUCCUCCUCUGGAUAAACGAUCUGGAUACUCGCUCGCCGUUUGCUGUCAAAAACCGAAGGGUACAUGACGAGGCCAAAAGAUGUUGGAUGGUGAAGAUGUGA